UAGCUGUUAGCUUAGCGCUGAUCACACGGAGCUUUAACAGGACCCGGGCUCUGCUGGCACACAAGGGGGGCACCUGAGACUAGGCUUUUCGGCUCCGCAUCUCAAUUAUCCUUAGGUCUCUGUGGACUUAAGAAACCUACAAUGGCGGACAAGGAAGCAGGAGCAUUUGACGAUGCGGUGGAGGAGAGGGUGAUAAACGAGGAGUACAAGAUCUGGAAGAAAAACACUCCCUUCCUGUACGAUCUGGUUAUGACCCAUGCAUUAGAGUGGCCCAGCCUGACUGCUCAGUGGCUGCCUGAUGUCUCCAGGCCAGAGGGGAAGGAUUACAGUGUGCACCGGCUGGUGUUGGGCACUCACACGUCUGAUGAGCAGAAUCACCUGGUCAUCGCCAGCGUUCAGCUACCCAAUGAUGACGCCCAGUUUGAAGCCUCACAUUAUGACAGUGAAAAAGGAGAAUUUGGAGGCUUCGGCUCAGUAAGCGGCAAGAUUGAGAUAGAAAUUAAGAUCAACCAUGAAGGAGAGGUGAACCGUGCUCGCUAUAUGCCCCAGAACCCCUGCAUCAUCGCCACCAAGACUCCCACUUCAGAAGUUCUGGUGUUUGACUACACCAAGCACCCUUCCAAGCCAGAUGCUUCUGGAGAGUGUCACCCUGAUCUGCGUCUCAGAGGCCAUCAGAAAGAAGGCUACGGUCUCUCCUGGAAUCCAAAUCUGUCUGGCUCCCUCCUUAGUGCGUCAGAUGAUCAUACAAUCUGUCUGUGGGACAUAAGCGCUGUGCCAAAGGAGGGGAAGAUUGUCGAGGCGAAGACGAUCUUCACUGGUCACACUGCGGUGGUGGAAGACGUCUCCUGGCACUUGCUUCACGAGUCACUCUUUGGGUCCGUAGCAGAUGACCAGAAGCUCAUGAUUUGGGACACUCGUUCGAACAACACUUCCAAACCCAGCCACGCAGUAGACGCCCACACAGCAGAGGUCAACUGUUUGUCAUUCAACCCUUACAGCGAGUUCAUCCUGGCCUCCGGCUCUGCAGACAAGACUGUGGCUCUUUGGGACUUGAGAAACUUGAAACUGAAGCUGCAUUCCUUCGAAUCGCACAAAGACGAGAUCUUCCAGGUUCAGUGGUCACCUCAUAAUGAGACCAUCUUGGCAUCCAGUGGAACAGACCGUCGCCUCAACGUCUGGGACCUCAGUAAAAUCGGAGAGGAACAGUCACCAGAAGACGCAGAGGACGGCCCACCUGAGUUACUGUUUAUCCAUGGAGGCCACACAGCCAAGAUCUCCGACUUCUCCUGGAACCCCAACGAGCCCUGGGUCAUCUGCUCAGUCUCUGAAGACAACAUUAUGCAAGUCUGGCAGAUGGCUGAGAACAUCUACAACGAUGAAGAUCCAGAGGGUUCGACAGACCCUGAAGCCACAGCGUAACUCCUCCUCCUCCGCCCGCUGUGUGUGUGUCUGAACCUACAACCUCAUCACAAACUGCCACCUCUGUACUUCCAUGCAGCUACUUCUUCCCAUCUUCCUUUCUCUACUCUACCGUGGGACACUGUAUGCUGCAAAUCACUGUAAAUACAAGAGAGUAAUCAUGUCAUACCUUUUUUUUGAAUGCUCACAAUGAAGAACUUUAACUGAGUAAGUUAUUUCCUGAAGAAUCUCACUCAUGGGUUUCGCGCUGCGUAUAAAAAAAAAUAUAUUUUUGUAAUCAAAUUGGCUCUCCCUCGUACACUGAAAUGUAAGCGAAUGCUUUUUAAAUAAUAAAUUAAAUGUUUUCCUAGAACCUAGAUAGAUGGUGAUCACACUGAAAGCCCCACAACACUUGGUAAUUCACAAAAAGCCUACUGUUGGAGAGAGUAAACAGCUCCCUCUGCACAAGUUGGAAUGGUUGCAGGAAAAAUAAAUUAAAUAAAAUGCACUCCAGCUUUUUGCACAACAUAAUGACAGUUACUCUGGCUGUGAUAGAGGUUAUUUGCAGGCUUAUGGUCCUCAAAACGUCUCAUAUCUUCUCUGCUUCAGUCUGGUCAUCACCUAAUUGUUCUGGAGUUUUUACGCCAGCUGCUUCCUCUCUUCUGUUGGAUAUUUCCAUUCAUGCCCCCCCCCUUCCCCCCCACCUUAGUCAUACAUUAACCAUUUAAAUGUUGUCGUGAUGUAGAUUAGUCGUUGAACUUUUUCUAUGUUCAAUAUUUUGUAAUUGUACAUUGAGUGCAUUCUUAAUAAAACGUGUUUCAUUGGU